AUGUGGCUGCAGGCACGACGUGCCAUGUCAGUCAGCAGUCUGCGUGCAACUACUCGUGUGCCACGGACUCGACGCGUACCCAAGGCAGUUUUGACAGUCACGCCGGCUGCUGCCAAGCACGCCAAGGAUCUGCUAGCCCAACAUGGUAGCAAUGCGGUCGGUUUGUUGGUGGAUAUUCGCAAGCGUGGCUGCUCCGGCAACGCCUUCCACCUCGAUUAUGCCGAGCAAAUCAAGCCCGGCGAUGAGGUUGUGGAGGUUGAUGGCAUCAAGGUUGUCGUGGCUAGCCGUGCCAUCAUGCAAGUCUUGCACUCUACCAUGGACUAUGACGAAUCAGACAUUGCCGAGGGCUUUGUGUUUGAGAAUCCCCAAGCCACGGCGACAUGCGGCUGUGGCGAGUCAUUUACAUAG